GGUACCGGUGCGGCUUGCCGCUGGUAGUGGUGGUAGUGGUGGUGGUGGCGGCGCUUCGGGGCGUGUGGAUGAUGAUGGGGGGGGCGGCGGGGGGUGGAUUGAUGUGAAAAUAUCGGGAUUUGAUAGCCGAGGGGUCGCGCCAUCUCAGUCACACGACGACAAUCAUGGUGGAUAGUGCUAACGGCCUGGACACCAAGUCGGCGCUGCAGGCCCUCGCCUCGUCGGGCGGCCUGGGCAUGAUCGCGGGCGCCGGGGGCUCCCACCUCGCCGCCGCGGCAGCCGCCAACCACGGCAUGAAGCUGGAGGCCGUCAUGGAGAACCUCCAGCGGCAGCAGCAGGCGCGCCUCGAGAUGGAGGAGCGCGAGCGCGAGCGCCUGCGCGACAGGGACAUCCGAGAAGCGCAGCAGCAGCAGCACCAGCAGCACCAGCACCUUUACCAGCAGCAGCAGCAGCAGUACGCCGCUCUGCGCGCCGCCGCGCUCAGCGCGGCCGCAGCGGCCGUCGCGUCCGGCGGCGCCGGAGGCUCGAGGUCCGGGAGCGCCGUCGCUCGGCAUCGCCCACGCGGCGACGGCGGCGGCGACGAUGGCGGCGACAGCGACGCCGAUUCGGUGCCGGGCGCGCCGUCCGAGUUCUCGGGGUACGAGCGCUACCACCCGCUGCGGCACGGGCACCCGGGCCGGCGCGGGGCCAGCGACUACGACGAGGAGGACGAGGAGGAGGACCCCGGGGAGGACGCAGAGGAGGAGGACGAGGAGGAGGACCCGGGGGACGACGAGGGGGAGGACGACGGGGACGACGCGAUGGAGGAGGGCGACUACGAGCGACGCUCGCCGGGCGGGCCCGGCCCCGCGGCGGGGCUGCCCGCGUCCAAGCCGCCGCCGGCGGGGCUGGCGCUGCACCUGGCCGGCGGGGGGCUCGGCGGGUCGGGGGCCGCGGCCGGAGGGUCGGUGGCGCGGCACUUGGCGUUCGAGGCCGGCGGAGGCGGCGGGCAGCCGCUGUCGCCCGGAGCGGAGGGGCCCCAGCCGUCGCAGGCCCAAGACUGGACCUACGAGGAGCAGUUCAAGCAGCCCCUUCGCGUUAAAUCCUUUGGAUCCGCUCAUUUUGCCACGAUUCAGAAGCUGUACGAGCUGGACGAUGACCCCAAGAGGAAGGAGUUCCUGGACGACCUCUUCAGCUUCAUGCAGAAACGAGGGACCCCGGUGAACCGCAUCCCCAUCAUGGCCAAGCAGGUGCUGGACCUGCACACGCUCUACAAGCUGGUGACGGAGAAGGGCGGACUCGUGGAGGUGAUCAACAAGAAGAUCUGGAGGGAGAUCACGAAGGGACUCAACCUGCCCACGUCCAUCACCAGCGCCGCCUUCACUCUGCGCACACAGUACAUGAAAUACCUGUACCCCUACGAGUGCGAAAAGAAGGGGCUCAGCUCCCCGGCCGAGCUGCAAGCCGCCAUCGACAGCAACCGCAGGGAGGGACGGCGCCCGAGCUUCGGCUCCCCGCUCUACAGCUACACGCCGCCGGGACCCUCCAACCUGCUGCCCUCUCCCAAGAUGCACCUCUCUAGCCUGGGCAUCCCCGGACUCACCAACGGCACGCACAUGUCGUCCGGCCAGUCCAUCAAGAAAGAGGACGACAUGGGCAUGUCGGGCCAUCGCCUCUCGCUGCCCGUGCCACUGGCGGCGGCAGCGGCGGCGGCGGCUGCGGCCAAUCAACACGCGGCGGCCGCGGCGGCUGCGCAGGUGCAGGCCCAAGUUCAGGCUCAAGUGCAGGCACAGCGCGCGUUUACUCUUCAGGUGCAGGCCCACGCCCAGGCACAGGCCCUGGAACAGCUGCGCGAGAAGCUCGAAUCCGGGGAGCCGCCCGAAAAGAAAAUGGCCGCCCACGUCGCCAUGGCGAUGGCCGCCGAGGAGCAGCAGCGCAUAAUGCAGCAGGUGCUGCAGCAAAACCUCAUCGCCAUGGCAGCGCAGAUCCCCAUGAGCAUCAAGAUCAACAGCCGUGAUGAGGGUCUCUCCACGCCGUGCGUCCCGUGGGGGUUAUUUGACCAUACUUCACCGCGCUGCUCAGUGCCAAAUACAAAAGAGAGGCAGGAGAUGGCUCUGAACUUGUCGACCAAUGGCACGAGCAGCAUCAACAUGUCCAUCGAGAUCAAUGGAAUUCUCUACACAGGAGUGCUGUUCGCCCGUCGCCCACAAAUGCCGGUGGUGCCACCCUCCGUGGUCCCGAGCACCAGCGGCGGCGCCGGCGGAGGUGGCGGCGGCAGCGCCAGCAGCAGCAGCAGCAGCCACAGCGGCACCGGUGGCCCCGGCGUCAACACCAACAACAACAACAACAGCGGCGGUGGCGGCGGCGGUGGCGGCGGCGGUGGCGGCAGCAGCAGCAGCAGCAGCAGUAGCGGCGGCGCCGUCGCGUCGGUAACGGCGGCACGAGACGUGCCGUCCAGCCCCGGCCCGUCGGCUCCAGGCCUGGCGCUGGCGGCGCACCCCCUGGCGCUGGCGCACGCGCACGCCCUGCUCGCCAAGGGCCUCCCCGCGCCAUCGCAGAGGGGGGGGGGCGGCCCCCCUUCGCCGCCGUGAACGAGCGGCGGGCGAGCAAGCACGGCCCCCGCUCCCACCCGCUCCGCCCCCCCCCCACACUUCCCUCACCGCUCCCCAAAACCGUUCCCUUCUUUCCUCUCUCUCUAACCUCUCUCGACUCUCUCCCUCUCUCCCGCCCGCCCGUACAGUCCGCCGGUACGACCGCAAACGACGCGAUGAUGCAAUGACGCGGCGACGCGACGGAUCGCGACUGUAGUUCUGCGUAAAUCGAAUGCACUUCUUAUUUUCUCCCUGGCCCCUCCACCCCCGUGCAGCCCCCCGCAGCCCCCCGCCCUUCCCCACCCCCCUUACCCCCCUUUUACCGACGCCCCUCGGAGGAUCGGUGCGUGACGUUUCCCGCAGAACUGCAGUCCCCCCAUUGAACCGCAGACGGUUGUUUGGGAGCUGGGCGUGGGGGUUGGGCCUGACGGUCAGGCCUUUCAGGAUAUCACCCUCGAUCACGAACAUUAAAAGGGAGUAAUGAUGGCGAGUUUUGCUGGGACUUGCAAGGACACACUCUAAUCGUAGUUCCCCGCCCCUUCCCGGAUAGCGUCGUACGUGAGGAGUCGUUCGAACGGGCGCGAUCCACCCAAAGAUUACCACGAUGCCUCAAUCAAUCAAAUUAUAAUUAUUUUUUCAAACCAAGGCCUUCUGACGAGGGACAUCGGCGGGUGGCCCCGGUGUUCGCAUCGCAGAAUGUUCAGGUCCGUUGGGUUGAGCGGGCGUCCACAUCGGGCACGGCGUGAGAGAGACGCCCGGCGGUGUUUCCGACGGAGCUGAUGAAGCGGAUUUACGAUUUUAAAACGAUGACGAUGAUAAUUUGCGAUUCAACAAAUUUCUCUUCACCCAGACAGAGCGCAAGAGUUUUUUAACGCCACCGUACGAUGCAAAUUUGCACAAAAUUGUUCAGGAGAAGUGGUGUAGACAAGAGCUUAUUGUUAAUUCACGUGUGCAUCGGAGUUGUGGUGCGGAAAAACCUAUUGUUGUACCGCGCUCCAGUGCUGCACCAAUCGCCAUGAAGUACGGUCAGGCAAUCUACGCAUCGUCCAUUGCGUGGGGAGGCCCUCUUCCAGCAGUGGAUAUCCAAGGCCGGCCUGUGCGUGUAUAUUCCCACGUGAUUCUUGUAAUUCGACCUCCUGUGUAAGAUUUGCGAGCAUGGCUCCUGCCUCCUGUCCUCAAUUGGACGUCGUUCUCGCCCAUCGGUGUUAAAAGUUCUCUUUUUCACCGGCACCGGUUUGGUGAGAACGACCGUUAACUUUUGGCUCAAGUCUCCCGACACGGUGCAGAUUUUACCUGCCCAGCAUAGAUAACGACGACGACGACGAUGCUUACGAUGGACCUGAGUUCGCCACGGAGGAAUAAUUUGAACCCGUAAUAACCUCGCGCGCGACUGGGGAGUCCUGGCCUAACCCCGCACGUACGAAAGAAAGAAGGCAUUUUCUGGUUAACGUUAACAUUAUUAAAUGAAUUGUAGAGGAAUGCACUUUUCCCAGCAUCGCCGAAGCGGCAAUUGUGCGCUGAGCGUUCCAAUUCCACAUUAGCGACUAAAUGACGUCGGUUCGCAGACGUACUGAGGCGCCGGGGAGGGUGUGUGUGUGUGUGUGUCCGCAAGCCCCCCACAUAAACCUUAGCACAUGCACUCAAAUCAAACCAUGCGUGGCUUCACCGUAUGAUACUGUAAACCAUUUUACCUCUUGGGGGUGGGGGGGUGGGUGGGUGGGUGGGGGGGUGGGGGGAAAGAAAAAGGAAAAUAUAUAUGUAUAUCUUAUUCAGUUUCAUUGGCAUUCAUUUAAUUAUGAAGGAUUGUUUUUUUUUUUCUCAAAAAAAUCAGCAUUACUGCGUUUCAGCAAUAUUGAGUUCGAUUGGUUUUGUACAGACGGCUCACGUAGGCUCGACGUUGUAUAAAGUAACACUAAUGAAUACUCACGCUUCGAAUUCCUUUUGCGGACGCGCGCAGACUCUGCGACUUGGCAACGGUUUCGAUUGCCGUCGUUGACCUAACGCAACGUGUCUCCAUCUUGCGGGUCAUUUUCUUGUAGGCCAGUAAAAAAAAAAAAACGUGUUUUUUUUUUUGUCUUCUUCUCAUCGUCGUUAAAUUCCAAAAAAAAAUGCACAUUUAAACUUUUUCUUGAAUGAUCACUGAGCAGCCUUACUUUGCAAAAUGCAGACGUGAAGCCACGGACAGCAAAAAUGAGUCCCAUGUUACUCGUUAGUUCGUUCAAACCAUCCUCAUCAUGGGAGACGUAGACGCUUCGUGUCAAACCAGUACAGGGCAUAGCUGAUACCAAAGCCUAAAACCUAAUGAGCUUAUUGUAAAAAUCAGGUUGCUGUUGUAGCAAUCUGUUGUUGACAAGUAUGUGGGGGGGGAGGGAAGGGUGGGGGGCUUAUGUGCCUCUUGAAAAAAAAAUAAGAUGCAGAAUAAACCAAAGACUUUUUUAAUACAUUUCAUUUUGGCAUGUGACACGCUUUAAAGAAUAUUUGAGGUGGGGGAUUUUUGUAAGGAUAUUCAGGUCCUUAUCAGACGUUGCCUUUUUCGGGUGUGUUCGGAGGAAAGAAAAAUACACGUUGUAGUGCACACACAACCACCGGGGCAGUUUAACCACACAUGAAUUCACGUAACGUAGUGAUGAUAAUGAUGUUGAUAUUGGUGGUGGUGGUGGCGGUGGUGUCGAUUGAUGAUACUGUUGGUUGGUGAUGAUGGGAUGAUGAUGAUGAUGAUGAUUUAAAAAAAAAAUUACGAAUUUAACAGCUUUAUGGGAAGAAGAGUGAAGCAAUAUAUGCCCCAUAAACUUUUUAAGUAAGUCGUGUAAAUGGCUGUCCCCCUCCCGCGUAUUAAUCAAGAGGAUGAUGUUAAUCAGAAGAUGAUGUUUAUCGUCAGGCGGGUUUGAAACGUGGAAUGGCCAGCUAGGGACCUACUAUAUAGCUCCUGAUGUGCUUGCAAAAGGAAACUGACACGGGUUCUAAGUUUUAAAGAGAAAAAAAAAGAAAAAAAAACAUGUAAAAAAAACAUUUAAAAAAGGUUUUGUUUUGCUUUUUUUAAAUAUCAAUAAUUUUGAGAGAGAGAGAAAAAAACAAACUUAAUUUCGGAUUUAUCGCAGCAAUAGCAAUGGACAGACAACCCACGACAAUAUAUAAAUACAUCACCAUCCAGCGCAAAUUUACGAUUGUCAUUCUCUUUCAGUCGGGGACUUAAAUUCAGCCGGAGCUGUCCAGGGCCGAGCUGCAGAAACAUGUUCCCAGCUUCCUACUUAGCCCUUAGCCACGAUGUAAUCUCCCCCCUCAUCCUCUACGCUGUGGGUGGUGGGGUCUGGAGGGGUUUUGGUCGGAUGCCAGGGGAUGCCCCGGAAUGUAUUCCGCCUAAUAAACGAAGCACCCUCCGCGCCCCCCCCCCCCCCCCCCCUGGUUUCAAUUCCCCACACUUAUACGUGCGCGCGCAUUAGCUCGCACACACGGAUGGAACAAGAAACAAUUCAGGAGUAAUAGCACUUGCUUCUUACGUUUGUUGUGGGUUAAGCUUUAAGAUCCUCCGAAUCGUAUUUUGUCAGUGGACGGCCGCCGCGGGAAGAGAGGGGCGUACGUACGCCGGUUCGGCUGGAGCCUAAUCGCUGUAAGCUUUCGGGGAAGUGCGCCGCCAAAGCAGUCGACGGGCACACAACCCUCCGCCCAAUCUUCUCACCUGCGCCUGUGUUUACGCUUCUGCUCUGCCGGCUAGCGGGUAUCUGAACCUGGCGCGUGUGUACAUUGCUUCUUCUCUUUUGACGGGAGUUUCUGUUGAAAGGUUUUUAACGGUCGGCGCGGUGGUGAUAAGUUUAGCUUUUUUUUUUUGGAGAGGUCUGGAAAGUCACCAAUGGGUUGUGCACCAAACAUAGGAUUUAUUUACGGUUUUUUUUUUGUUCCGUUUGAUUGAUUCUUUUUUCUUUUUACACCAGUGCUUACUUUUCCAGGUUUAAAAAAAUAAAAAAGUGACACUUUUCCGGAAGUGUUUCUUAUGGCAUUGUUAACCAAAUUUUAAAUAUCUCUACGGUUUGUAUUGCAACGUGUACAGAUAGUACGGUAAUUAUCGGGUUUAUGCUGUGAUACACAACACACAACAAUGGUAACCGGUAUCAAAUACCUCUUAAUAUUCUGUGAAAGAUCAUUUUCCAAUAUCAUGAUAUACCUCAAUGACAGUAAGAUAGCAUAAUAUUUAAUAUGUAUUUUGUCAUAAAGCUGUGUUUUAAGAAGAUAAAAUGCUUGUUAUUGCCUUCAUAUUUUGAUCUGUUCUGAUUUUUCUCCCCUUUUUAUUAUAUUAUGUUAUUAAUACUGAUUUAUUAUUAUUAUUAUGUAUUUUUUAAAUAACCAAAGAAGAAAAAAAAAGAUUGUAUAGUCGAUUCUACCUCAUAGGCUUUGUUUGACUGAGAAAAGGAUUCAGUGAUUUGGGUUAUGUUGGCAUUCUGAGAGCACUGCUUUUUAAGAAUUAUAAUAUUCAUAUCUCAUCAUUGCUUUAAAUCAUUUAAAAAAAAACGCACGCUUCACACCCACUCUUUUCUUUUCGCGAAAGGAAUUGUUUUUCUCCUCCUUCUUAGUCUUCUUCUAAGUGUAGUCGUUGAAAUGAAUUCUACUUAUUACAUAGGGUUUUUUGUGAAAACGAUUGUUACAUAUUGUACGGUAGACUUAAUCGCUUAACAUUGGUUUUGAAACCUUCGUGCAGUAACGGACACGUUUUUUCGCGACGGGGGGUUUUUGUUUCCUCUUAUUCCCUUUACCCCCCUUCCCUUUCUCGUGGACCUCUGCGCUUAAAACUCACGGCUGCCCCCUUUAGUCGCCACGCUCGCCGGCGGUGCUGUUUUCAUUGCAUGUCCGGCGUGCCCACACGUGUGCCCCUUCCGUAAUGUCCCAUCGCGACUCUCGGCCUCCCGUUACCCUCAUUUCAAAGCCCCCCCCACCGCACCCCCCCCCCCCUCCAAUUUUUUACCGUAUGGAAAAUAAAAUGUCGCGUACUUGGUUAUUCGUAUAUUGGCCAUGCUCAUCGAAAUUGGUUUUUGCGGUUUGUUUAUUUUUAGUUUGCGUUUCCCUGUAAACGUAAGAUGGCGCGACGUUUUUUAUUUUUAAUCGCCUGAUGAAGCUGGCUGCAAAUCACCGGCGGCGAAACGUCGUACUCAAAUUUUAAAAAAAUGCCGUGGGUUUGCUCUCUUAGCACACACAAUCGGUUGAGCGCUGAAGUGGUUAACUAUUUGGACACGUUUUGUUCUCGUGACAAGCCUUACUAAUUGGCCGCGUCGGGGUGGAGAUGGCUUCUCGACACAUUUUUACGCGAUCUCUAAUCCCCCAAAAAAACUUCUUAUGAAUAACUUUGGAUUAUUCAAAAUGAAUAUCCAAACAUUUUAAAAAUGGUCCGCGUUAUAAUUCAACGCACACAGAUGGACUAGUAUAUCAAGGCAGAGUGAAAUAGGUCGCGUUCCCAUUCAACUAAUUUAUACAAAUCCUAGUUUCUCUCUUAGUCUCGCGAUAAAUGUGUCACGCAAAGGAAAACAAAAAAAAACUUGAAGAAAUUUAAACAAAUUGAUGCCGUUUAAAUAUUGCACGUCAACUUUGCGUCCCAAAAAUUGAAAAUGCUCUCCUCUCAACGUCCCUACGUCCCUGCGAGUAGUUAAUCGGCUGGGAACAAGCGGUGUCGGGGCUGGAUAAAUGUGUCAAGCAGUUGCAUAUUCACACGCAAUAUUUCUCCAUGCAGCCCAAAAGAGCCGCAGGAUUUUGUGAAAACUACAGCGGUGAAUCCAUAUUGGCUCGUAGUCAUAUCCUUAUACAAGCUAAAAAAGCUGAUCUCUCUAAUUACACUGCUAAAACAUGCUGUCGUUUUUAUGGCAUUUAUUCUAUGAACUUAAUUAUAUCGCGCAACUACUAUUUGAAACGACGUGGCUUGUCCAGCGGAGCGACGUUUUUGCUCGUUGUCACACCGACGUAGUGCUGUGCGUGGUGUGGGCUUCCCCAGUUGGUUAGCGCACCACCACCGCUCCACAGAAUGUUUCUAAAUGCACAGCAGCCGGGACCCGAGGCUUGCAAGGGAUUGUGGGUUAAUUCCCACAAUUCAUAGGGCCCAAACGCAUCAUUUGUUGCCGUGUACUAUAUGGGCGACUUCCCCCAACUUCCAGAUUCAUCUAAAAAGAAUAAUAAUUUUCUCCGAAAAUCAGGGCCGAGAUAAAUUAAACUCGCGAGGCGAUAGGGAAAAAAACAAUCUCGGUUUGUUUUCGAAUUGACUCGAGAUGAUGGCACGAGACGACUCGAUGUGUUGAAUCGCUGCCGUGACUUUCUCCGCGGGAGCGAUGUCACGGCCAACCUCGGGGCGACCUCGCUUUGGCUGGCACGAGGACAACGCGAACGUGAAACGAUUGCGUCUUGCAAAUCGUUGAUCAGAAAUAGCCCUUCAAAGAGCAAAUCUUACAAUCCCAAAUCAAGAUUUUUUUUUUAUCCGAAGCUCGCACCCAUCGUCGGGCCAACGUUCCAUGUUUACCGUGCCCCUCCCCCCGUCUUGUCCUGGUUUUCAUCUGAGACAUCCCGGCACCCGAAUCUCCGAGAGUUUAGAUUUUAAAUCGCACAAGAGGGUUAUGCGACAAGACUAAAUUGCGUCAGAUUAUAACAACGUCGCGUAUCCGACUCGCUGUGGGGGGUGGGGGGGGGAGGGACCGAGGUGUCGGUGGAUAUUGUAAAAAAAAAAAAGUCAGUUUCAUGAACAUCUAUAAGACAAAUAACAAUUACACCCAAAUACGUUGGCAGACAAAGAACAGAGCGUUGAGCUGCUUUGAACGAGAGAUAAAUGCCUCACUCUGCGACAGAAAUAAGCAAAUUGUACCCUAGCAGGCUUUCGCGACCAAUAUUAUAUUCAUAAUAAAUAUUUUUUUUCUUAGAUCGCGUAAGUAUAAAAUGUGUCGUAACCCUCCACCACCCGACACAGCCAACUCGUGAGGGAUUUGUCUGUUCAGCGAUGACGUUGUCCUGCUGCUGUUCUAUUGAAGACCGGAAGCAGGUGGAUUGCAUCACCCUUCUGGCAAAUCGCCCGAUGAUGCUGGUUGAUGUAAUUACCAGCGAAACGUCGUGCUACUCAGAUUGUGAAUGUUGUGGAUUUACUCUCCAACACACCGGUGGUGGGCUGAAGUAGUGAACUAAUUGGCGUUUUGUUUACGUGACAAAUUUCCUUACUGAUUCGCUGCGUCGGAUGGUGGAGGGUUUAACGACACAUACUUACGCGAUCUAACCCUAUGAAACUCUUUAUCAUGAAUGGUUUCUUAUGUGUGUGCGUGCACGAAAAGGUCUCUUUUUAGAAACAUCAGGGGGGUUAGGCCAUCAUGCACAAAGAUCGCACUUGGUGUACGGGCGGUUCAUUUGGUUUGGUAGUGGGCACGUGACAGUCGGAUACGCGACGUUGUACCGUACUUAUUUGCGGACACUAGCUUGUGUCGCGUGCGGUGCGAGGGCACACAUUCGUGUGGACGCGCCAUCGAUCGCGAACAUAUUUAUUUUCCAUAUGGGAAAAAAAAUCGUGCCUUUCCUUUGCAUGUUAAAACAUACUUUUUUUUUCGUGUUUUGGUUUUUCAACAUUAAAGUGUACACUUUUGACAAAAAGCCACCGGUUUUUUUGUUGUUGUUGUUGUUGAUAUAACACAAUCAAUACGUUUGACAUCCGAGUGAUCUGGAGACAACUCCAAAUGUGGGAUUUGAAAGAAAAAAAAUCGUUCACGCCAAAUCGUAGGGGCAAAGUCAUUUCGUCGCGUGAUGCUCACGAGGCUAAAGACCCUCUCGCCGGAUUGUGGUACUCAGGGUUAUUAAACAAACAAACAAACAAAAAAACAUGGGCAAGAUUUAGGAGAGUGAAGAUUUUAAAUAUUACCUCCAUAUAUAUGUAUAUAUGUCUGUGUGUGUGUGUAUAUAUACAGUACAUAUACACACACCGUCUUGCAUUAUUGAUUAGCCAUGCCUUUUGUUUCCCUGUGUAAACGAAUCUUCUGUUGUUGUAUGGUGGUGCUGGUGUCAACUUAAACCACGUCAAAGCUGUUGCAGACUUGCGUCUCCAAAGUCUCCGUGGGGAGGAAAGAGGGUUCGGUGCGGGUGGGGAUUGUGGUGUGAGGGGUGGGGAGUGGGGGGACAAAUACACACACACACAAAAAAAAACCGAAAAGAAAAAUUAUUUAAAAAUAACGAAAAACAUCCUGGGGGGGUGGGGAAGGGAAAAAAAGACAAAAAAUAUAAUCUGCAUUAAAUCGUUUGGGGUUGUUUUUAUUCUUCUUUGUUUCGCCUUUGUAUAGCUGUUAGGGGGGUUGACGUUCGUGUAAAGUAGGGGCGAGGUUUGUGUAAGUAUUUGUAUCACGAAAGAGAAGCCCCCCCUCCUCCUUCCCCCCCCGCAGUAAAGCACUCAUCAACAUAUUUACUGCGUCCGUACAUCGAGGCACGGACUUUUGGGAAUAACCGAGUGAAGGGUAGAUUUGCUUUUCCCCCUUCGAACGCCCAUGCUGUUUGAAAUGUUUUUGAAUGUACGUCUCCUGAUUAUUUUUCCUCAUUUCUCCGCCACCCACCCACCCCCACCCCCCCCAACCCACCUUCCACAAAACGUGUAUCGCCAUUUGUUUUAUUUCCAUUUUAUUUUAUCGUGUUAUUUGUUGUUGUUGUUGUUGUUUUCCCAGCAAGCCUCGUUUUUAUGUUAUUGUUAGUAGGUGUGGCCCUCAGUGUGUAGUGUAGUUUUGAGACAAUAAAAUAAUUACGGCUUUCCUUAUCCUGUGUGUAUAUUUUGGUUGUAGCUUUACCAUAUUGUUCUUCUGGUGGAUGCAUUUUAUCCCAAGUUAAUAAAAAUUGUUGCUGUCAGCAGCAGAACCAG